AUGCCCACCCGAAAACGGCGUCUUCCCAUGUCUGCGACGCCCGCGAACGGCGCAAAGCGGUCUCGGACGGAAGUGAUUGAUCUUUCGGAUGAGGAGGAGCCCCUGGAGGCGAUCCUUGCCCAGAUUCAAGCACAAGACGAAAGCGAGGUUUUAGCAAGACAACUCCAGGAUGAGUGGAACAAUGUGCCGAGUGCUUCUGGCAGCAAUGACGGCAAGAUCGAGCGGGAAGCAGUCACCAUUGACGAUGAAGACGAUGAAGCACUUGCCAGACGCCUAGCAAAAGAGUGGGAAGAGCUGGAUAAAAAUACUUCCAAAGGCGAGUCAUCUGCAGCAGCAUCUCAUGCUGGGUCCUCCAGAUCCAAGGACAAGGGCCGAAUACGCGCGAUCGCACUUUUCGAGGCUCUCGGUGGGUUUGACCGUCAAUAUCUGGAGGAACGUGCGACAUCGGAUGCCCGGGCGAAGGAUGCUGCAGCCAAAAGGAAGUCCGCCACUGCAGCCAGCGUCGGUCCCGGGGGUACAGGUUAUGCGAUGGGACAUGCAUCUACCCCAAUGGCAUACCCUUCGGCUCCCUCUCGCGGUCGUGGCCGCGGCAAGAGAGCCACUAAUACUAAGUCCGUGGAUAGUGGCUCUGUGUCGGAUCAGCUUGCGUCGCACUGGGAAGAAGUAAUUGUCCGUGCUCUGACGACCAUUACAGAAUUCUUGCCCUCUCCUUAUUCGGACGCGGCGCAGGUAUAUGAUAUGCUGCCACACGCAAGCAUGGCGCCACUCCUUUGUGCAUCCCAAUUACCUGAUCUGCUUGGCAACCUCCUGCACUGCGAGCUUACCAUUGAAGUGCUCAUAGGACAAAGAUACGAAAUGACGAGGAGCUGCGGGUUGGAGGAGUGGAUGUGGCGUAACGGUGAUAUUACUUGGGCCGAAAAGGAAGGGGAACGUGAACCAAUGAAGCUCGUCAGGGCACCUCCGCUCUACGCACACUUCGCUAAGUUGACCAAGCAGUGCGAAACCUUCCUCUCUGGAGCGUCCAGCAUGUUCGAAAGCGAGAACGACGAAGAUGAGGUCGCCGAGACCAUGAUCAAAGCGACGUCGCUCUGCGGCGACAUCAUUGCAGCUCGAGAUGACAUUGAGCGUGCCAUGCGAGUCAUGGGCAAGGAGCCGUCAGCUCUGCUGCACGAAGCUGAUGUUCCAGAACCACCUGGCCCGUCUUCGAGGAAGGGCAAGGGCAUUGAUGCAUCAAUAGCUUUGGAGAAGACAUACGCAGAUGCAUGCGAUCGUCUCGCAUUUGCACAUGUCGCACUAUUUGCGCCUUCUGCCGAUGGAAAGGGUCUCGUCUACCCGACAUUCAACUUCGCCAAAGAAGUCGCUCAUACUGUAUCUGCGACGCGGAACCCGAAGGAUCGUUUACAUCUGAUCAAGGAGCUUGCUGUUAUUGCCACCAGCCUGCCACCGGGCGUCUGGAUGCGCGUAGACGAAGUUCGCAACGAUGUGAUAAAGAUUAUGAUUGCUGGCCCAGAAGGGACACCUUAUGCCGGUGGCCUGUUCGAAUUUGAUUGCUUCCUCCCGAUCGAAUAUCCUCACAAGCCACCACGCGUGCAUUUGCGUACUACGGGUGGUGGGAAAGUUCGCUUCAACCCCAAUCUGUACAACAACGGCAAGGUCUGCCUGUCGUUGUUGGGAACAUGGCCAGGAACUCCGGAGGAACAGUGGUCCCCCAAGUCGACAUUGUUGCAGGUCUUGGUAUCUAUUCAGAGCAUGAUUUUGGUCGAAUUGCCGUACUUUAACGAACCUGGGUACGGCAAAGCCAACCCAAGCAGCCAGGCUAGUAUCAACUACAACCGUAAUAUCAGUAUGCAAACCGUCCGAUGGGGAAUGGUUGAAUGGUUGAAGGACGAGCACAAGGAUGGAAUAUGGGCGGAUGUGAUUGCCUCUCACUUUACUAUUCGCAACGUCAAGAUACGGAAAUGGUGA